CGGAGUAUUCGGCGCUCGCUCGCUCUCCCCUAGUUGGCGAUGAAUGGCCGCUGCUGGUCCCGGAGCCGCUGAGACCCGAGGACCGGAAACGGAAGCGGUGACCGGGGGGAGCGGACCGUGUUGAGAGGCGGAUCCUGGGGCCUCUGCACCCUCCCCGCUGUCCUCAGCCUCCUUCUCUGUGUUGCUUCCCGGCUCCCCGUCGUCAUGUCUCAGACUCUGCAGAUGGAGAUCCCCAACUUUGGGAACAGCAUUCUGGAGUGUCUGAAUGAGCAGCGUCUCCAGGGCCUCUACUGUGAUGUUUCGGUUGUAGUUCGAGGACAUCAGUUCAAAGCCCACCGGGCGGUCCUGGCCGCCAGCAGCUCCUACUUCAGAGACAUUUUCCACAACAGUAAAAAUGCAGUGGUGGAGCUGCCUGGAUCUGUCCAGCCUCAGUCCUUCCAGCAAAUCCUGAGCUUCUGCUACACGGGCCGACUCAGCAUGAAUGUGGGAGACCAGUUCCUCCUUAUGUAUACGGCCGGCUUCCUUCAGAUCCAGGAGAUCAUGGAGAAGGGCACCGAGUUCUUCCUGAAAGUCAGCUCCCCUAGCUGCGACUCCCAAGGUCUUCACCCCGAGGAGACCCCCAGCUCCGAGCCUCCAAGUCCAGCAGCCACAGUGGCAGCAGCAGCAACAGCAGUGGCUGCUCUCUCCUCCUCUUCCUCCUCAUGCCGAGCCCCCAAAGUGAAGACAGAGUGCCAGGAGUCAGAAGCCGUACAGUGCACUCCAGUGGCCAAAAGACUGUGGGAAGGGGGGCCGAAGGAGGCCGGUGGAGCGGGGAGGAAGGUGGCCCGAUUCUCACAAGGUGGAGGAGCUGCAGUGGGACCAGGGCAAGUGGCUCCUGCUGGAUCAGAGAGGACAAGCCCAGGAACCUCUAGCGCUUACACAAGUGAUAGCCCUGGAUCCUAUCAUGAGGAAGAUGAGGAGGAGGAAGUAGGAGAAGAAGGAACAGAGGAGCAGUACAGGCAGAUAUGUAACAUGUACACUAUGUACAGCAUGAUGAAUGUCAAUCAGACUGCUGAAAAGGUUGAGGCUCUUCCUGAUCCAGUAUUCUCAGACUCCCGGAACCGUGUGCGUGUCAGGCAGGAUCUGGCCACCCUCCCUGCAGAACUCAUCAGCCAGAUCGGAAACCGCUGCCACCCCAAAUUAUAUGAGGAGGGAGACCCAGCAGAGAAGAUAGAGCUAGUGACAGGUACCAAUGUGUUUAUAACACGGGCUCAGCUGAUGAACUGUCACAUCAGUGCUGGAACACGACAUAAGGUUCUUCUUCGCAGGCUGCUGGCCUCCUUCUUCGACAGAAACACUUUAGCCAACAGCUGUGGGACUGGAAUCCGCUCAUCAACCAACGACCCCAGCAGGAAACCACUGGACAGCCGAGUGCUACACGCUGUUAAAUUUUACUGUCAGAAUUUUGCCCCGAACUUCAAAGAGAGCGAGAUGAACGCCAUUGCAGCCGACAUGUGUACGAACGCGCGGCGCGUGGUGCGCAAGAGCUGGAUCCCCAAACUCAAACUCCUCAUGGCCGAGGGAGACGCCUACACCUCCUUCAUCAACGACACGGGCAAGAUGGAGACUGAGCUGAUGGGGGGUGCAGCUCCCGUGGAGCACGGGACGGGAUACGAUGGAGAGCCGGGGGAGGGGAUGCCGUGACUCCACUUCCUUGCUAUGUAGAUAUUCCCAGCCCCCUUUCCAAAAGGAGGAGGACAAUAAGGCACUCAGGAGAUGGGCUAUCAUCUGUGGAAGUGCUCACUUGUACGCUGCUGCACGAUGGUGGGACACAGUAUCACUAUACACUGCUGCAUGAGGUACUCCGUAUCAUUAUACAGCGCCCACGUGUCCAUUACCAGUAUACAGUUAUACGCAGUGUCAUUAUAUAACCCAGCGCGUUCAUUUUCAGUGUAUAGAGAUACUCGGCAUCGUUAUACAGCGCGGCAUGCUUGUACAAAUCUGGAGAUACUCCAUACCGCUCAUUAGGACUGAACUGUAUAUAGAUUCUCAGCAUCGUUUUUUUUAGUGCAGUUGAGGUAGAUACUCGAUAUCACUGGCCCUUUGAUAACCCAACUCCUGGGUUCCUGAUGCCCGGAGCAGAGAGACCCUUUUAUUUUAAUAACCCCUCCCCCUUCGUCCCCUUUCAUUUCAAGUCCACCCGCCAGUUGGUACGACCGACUCAUGUAAGUUCCAGGUUGAUGCAGGGUCACAGUGUUGGCCGGGGGGAGGGGCGUUGUGUAUGUGAGUGUGUUUAUUCCAGGUAGGGGUGCACUGAAUCCAGGGUUCAGCCUUUUUCAGCAGGAUUCGGAUUCGGCUGAAUAUUUGUGUGUGGCUGAACCGAAUCCGAAUUUAAUUUGUAUAUGUAUAUUAGGUGUGGGAAUGGAAAUAACAAGGAACAAAAACAUUAUUUUCUCUUUCCUGCCUCUAAUUUGCAUAUGCAAAUUAGGAUUCGGUUCAGUAUUUGGCCGAAUCUUUCACAAAGGAUUCAGGGAUUUGGCCGCAUCCUAAAUAGUGGAUUUGGUGCAUCCCUAAUUCUAGGGUGACAGAAUUUGGGGUGCUGUCCAGUUGUUACUGUGGGUGGGGAUGUCCAAUUUACACUCACCCGCCCCUCAGCUUCU